AUGAAGGGUGCCUCCCCGAACAUACUGAACAGUUCAUCCCUGGGUUGGAUGCUAUCUUGAUCAGACAUUUGUGAGAGACGGUGUCAGAAAUCUGACAGCAUUUAAUAGAUAUUAUGGCUAUCAUGGAAGGAAACCAUACUGUCCUUCAUCUUUAUGAACCAAUCAGAGAGAGGACGUGGGUUAGCCAGUGCCCGCCUACGCGUAAAGGUCAAAGCUCCUCCCAGCGAGUCAUCCCUUCCCAGAAGGAUCAGCGAGUGAUUUGCCAAAAUUUAAAGAAGGGGGAGUCCGAAAGAGGAAGUCAGAAUGGGCCAACUGAGGAGGUCCUGUCCAGCUGCGAGAACUCAAAGGAGGCGGGCACAGUGGUGGAAGUACCUUGGCUGGCCAACCUGUUGGCUCUGUGCGCCGACUGCCAGGAUCCGGUUGCCAUGGGGAACCACCAUGGCGCCAAACAUUUGCACUCCCCCGAGGAGGACUGGGAGACUGGCCGACAGCAGCCCCAAAGGGAAGGACUGGGCUGUGGUAGCUGCAGUGGUGGGGACGGCAGCCCGCAACUAACUCACAGCCUCUCUAACAGCGCCGCCGUCACCUUCUCCGCCGAUGUCGUCUCGAGCCCCAGGACCUGGGCGCAGGGCCGCAGGCUGAAGAAACUGUGGGCGAUGAACUCCGUGCAUGUGGAGGAGACCCUGCAGAGCCUGGUCAAGCAGAGGCUCGACCCAGCCGCUGAGUUCUGCACAGGCGGACCCUUGCUCGACCCAGCCGCUGAGUUCUGCACAUGCGGGCCCUUGCUCGACCCAGCCGCUGAGUUCUGCGCAGGCGGACCCUUGCGGGACACAGCAGCUGAGGAGGAGGAGUACAACUGCCCGGAGAUUCCCGGGAUGUCCAGCGGGAUGGGAAAAGAUCUCAACUCGACAGCUGAAAACGCGGAGCCUAAUCUCACAGACGGCCAGCCUGCUUUAGACAACUGGAGCGCUUUAGAAGACGAGCCCAUUGCUGAGGCAUCUAAGUUAUGUUUGCGCCGCAAGGACUCAGAUUAUGACAACGAACUGUACCUCUGUUUGCUUGACAAUGUGUUCGACACCACACCUUCGCCAGCAGAGCAAGAGAUGCAUCCAGUCCCACAUGCAGCAGAAACGGUCACUCAGGCCGAAGAGUGGAUGAGGGUGGAGAGAUCUCUGUCUCCCCCGACUCAGUUCCAGGUCAACGAGGCCGAGCUGAAGGAUGCCGUACUGAGGGUCGCCGCCAAGAUGGAGGAGGUGGAGAGCAUCAUACAAAGGGUCAGCCUGACCAGCGCCGACUGGACCAGAGACAGAGGCAGUUUGCACUCCACCUCUGCCUCAUCUGGGUCCCUGCACAGAGGUAGAGAUGUGCCGAGGCUUCGGACACGUCGAAGGAAGACCCCGCCGUCCGCGUGCAGGAGCUCCGAGCCCUGGGAGAAGAGCUGAACCGGAG